AUGCAGGCCCUCCAGCUCUCUUCCCGCGCCACCUUCGCGGUCGGCCGCCCCAGCUCCGCCCGCGCUAGCCGUGGUCAGCAGCAGCGCCUGCGCGUCCAGGCUGCCACUCUCACCGCCGACCAGCAGGCUUUCCUGGAGCGCAAGCGCCGCGAGUCCAGCGCGUCCCCCUCCGCCGCCCCCACCCGCGGCCGCAGCGCCGUUCCCCGCCGCGCCCCCAGCGCCCGCCCCACCAGCCGUCCCUCCGCCCCGGCCCCCUCCUCCUUCAGCGCCCCCGCCCCCGCCGCCGCCAACGGCCUGACCGCUGACCAGCAGGAGUUCCUGGAGCGCAAGCGCCGCGAGACCAGCGCCUCCCCGGCACCCCAGUCCACCCGCGGCCGCAGCGCCCGCAUGCGCGUCCAGGCCGUGGCGCUGGACACCUCCAAGCUGUCUGCUGAGCAGCGGGAGUUUCUGGAGCGCAAGCGCCGCGAGUCUGUCUCGCCCGGCCCCGCCCCCACCCGGGGCCGCAGCUCCACCCCCAGCCGCGGCCGCAGCCCCGCGCCGUCCAGCCGCCCCACCUCCUCCCCCGCCUCCUACAACCCGCCUGCCCCCGCUGCCGCCAACGGCCUCAGCGCGGAGCAGCGCGAGUUCCUGGAGCGCAAGCGCCGCGAGUCCAGCGCCUCCCCUGUGGCCCCGGCCCCCACCCGCGGCCGCAGCAACGCGCCCGCCCGCCCCUCCAGCCGCACCCCCGUGCGCCCCGCCGCCCCCGCCCCGGCCUCCUUCAGCGCCCCCGCCCCGGCCGCCGCCAACGGCCUGAGCGCCGAGCAGCAGGAGUUCCUGCGGCGCAAGGCUUCCGAGUCCCGCAGCGUGUCGCCCCAGCCCACCCGCGGCCGCAGCAACGCGCCGUCCCGCGCCCCGGCGCGCCCUUCUAGCCGCGCCCCCGCCCCGGCCUCUUACGCCGCCCCCAGCUCUGACCCCGCCUCUUACAGCCCCCCCGCCGCCGCCGCCGCCGGCGGCCUGAGCGCCGAGCAGCAGGAGUUCCUGCGGCGCAAGGCUUCCGAGCCCCGCAGCGUGUCGCCGGCCCCCACCCGCGGCCGCAGCAACGCUCCCUCCCGCGCCCCGGCGCGCCCCUCCAGCCGCGCCCCCGCGCCCCCGGCUGCCUCCUACAGCACCCCCGCUCCCAGCGGCGGCGCCGCGGGCCUGAGCGCGGAGCAGCGCGCCUUCCUGGAGCGCAAGGCAGCCGAGACGCGCGGCGCCUCGGCGGCGGCGCCCACCCGCGGCCGCAGCGCCGCGCCCUCUGGCGGCGGCGCCGCGGGCCUGAGCGCCGAGCAGAUGGCGUUCCUGGAGCGCAAGCGCUCUGGCGGGCGGUGA